AUGUCUUUCCUCAACACGCUUCGUUCGACACCUCUGCCACCGGUGAAAAAUGUACUGAACGUGGCCCUGCAAACCGCUCGUCAGACCAUCCCGUCGAAGAAUAAACAAAACGACUACGAGCAGCCCGGCGGAGAAGAUAUAGCACCGGGUGGGAGCAUGCGGGCACCGCCACAGGUUCCGCCUCGGCCACAAAAUGUUCACUUUGCUGAAGUCGAUGGAGACACUGGUGGGACAACCGAAAUGAACCCGUUAAAUCCUUUCACCAAUCCGAAAGCUUACUAUCAAGAGGGAAUGGAUCAAACGUCGGCAGGCCAGUACCAGGAGACGGGUUUCAAUCAGCCGAGAGAUUUUGAAAAUGGUUACCAAUCUGGUGCAUAUCCACGGCAAGGUAGCGUCCAAUCGUUUGGCUCAGACAGUACUUUUGCCGGUGGUGUCGAAGGGGAAGCGCCAGGAGGGGCUAAAAUCAACGAAUAUCAGGCGGCAUGGAAUGUUACAAAUGCUAUUCAGGGCAUGUUCAUCGUAUCGCUUCCUUUCGCGGUACUGCGCGGUGGCUACUGGGCCAUUAUUGCUAUGGUCGGCAUAGCGCACAUCUGCUGCUACACGGGCAAGAUUCUGGUUCAAUGUCUCUACGAGCCGGAUCCACAGACCGGGGAGCCGACACGUGUUCGCGACAGCUACGUAGCAAUCGCUAAGGUAUGUUUCGGCAAAAAAGUCGGAGCACGAGUGGUGAGUAUAGCGCAGAUCAUCGAACUGCUGAUGACCUGUAUUCUGUACGUGGUGGUUUGCGGUGAUCUGAUGGCUGGAUCAUUCCCGGACGGAGCCCUCGAUAGCCGAUCCUGGAUGAUGUUUUGCGGUAUUUUCCUGUUACCAUUGGCAUUCCUUAAAUCGCUUCACCAUGUCUCGUUGCUGUCCUUCUGGUGCACAAUGUCGCAUUUGUUGAUCAAUGCGAUCAUUGUUGGCUACUGCUUGCUGGAGAUCGGCGAUUGGGGCUGGAGUAAGGUCAAGUGGCGAAUGGAUUUUGAGAACUUUCCAAUCUCGCUUGGUGUUAUUGUCUUCUCCUACACGUCGCAGAUCUUUUUACCGACACUAGAAGGAAACAUGGAGGACCGUUCUAAAUUUAACUGGAUGCUUGACUGGUCACAUAUUGCAGCCGCUGCUUUCAAAGCUCUCUUUGGCUAUAUCUGUUUCCUAACAUUUCAAAAUGACACCCAACAGGUUAUUACGAAUAAUUUGCACUCCCCUGCCUUCAAGGGUUUGGUGAAUUUCUGUUUGGUAAUCAAAGCGGUCCUAAGCUAUCCGCUGCCGUAUUUUGCAGCAUGUGAAUUAUUGGAGCGUGCAUUCUUCCGUGGAAAACCUAAAACUAUUUUCCCCGUCGUUUGGGAGCUGGACGGCGAUUUGAAAGUUUGGGGAUUAGCCUGGCGACUGGCUGUUAUCAUUGGAACCAUCAUGAUGGCUUGCUUUAUUCCGCACUUUUCGAUUUUAAUGGGCUUUAUCGGAAGCUUUACCGGUACGAUGUUGAGCUUCAUCUGGCCAUGCUACUUCCAUCUCAAACUCAAAGGCCAUUUGCUAGAUCAGAGGGAGCGAGCCUACAACUACUUUAUCAUUUUUCUGGGCGUUCUGUUCGGUGUCGUCGGAAUCUACGACUCCGGCAGUGCCCUGAUCAAAGCUUUCGAGAUCGGUCUUCCAUUCUAA